UCCGUAGUGGUAAGUACAAGUACAUAUUUGCGUGCUUGAUUAAAAGAUAUUUUUUUCACCUUUGCGAUAAUUGCAUGAUUGUGAUCCCUUCUUUUUCUGUAUAUGAUUGUUGCACUUUAGCUUUUCCCCUAUCACACUCGGUCAAUUGUUGUUUAGGAGUCUAAAUCGAUAUAAAUCCAUGUCCACACAUUAUGCCACAUGCUGAAACAGUAAAGGAAAUCUAUUGCACAGGGAUGGGGUAGAGCAACAGGUGCCUGGUGGCCAGAGAAUGAGCAAAGGAAAACAACACCCUGCCUUCUUAGAUAUCUAGGCUGGCAUGCAAAUGCUGAUGAUAUCCUUUCGACCGAAGGGGCCUACUCCUUUGGGAUUCUUAAGAUUCAAGUAUCCUUAACUGGUCACCCCAAUUAUAUGAAACGAAGAAAAGGAGUAGGAAAGAACACACAACACACACCCGGAGAACGAGGUAGGGCAGAAAGGUAGGACUCUCAUCUAAGGUUUGCCUUAAUGGCCCAAGAAUUGCCCACCACUGCUAAUGUGAGUUGGAAUUUGCUGGACCAUCAAUUGAGCCAGCCCAAUUAGGUCUCCACAUGCAUGAGUGGGUGAUCAUGUGUCAAGUUUAUGCAGGUUAGCAUGCACUUUGUCCGUUGGAAACGAUGUAUCAUUAGGCGAAGGAGGUUGUCUAUAAAUAUGCAGUGCGAUGGAUAGGGGUUGGUUUGUGCUGAAAGCAAGCUAGCUGGGAGCAUAGUAGAAGAAGAGAGAGGCCACCUCGUGAUGAAGAGGCUGGUGGUCCUGAGGAGGUGCGAGCCGAUCGUGCGGUUCAGCUGCUGCGGCGUGCGGUACGGCGAGUGCCGCCGCAACCACGCCGCCAGCACGGGGGGCUAUGCCGUGGACGGCUGCAGGGAGUUCAUCGCCGAGGGCGAGGAGGGCACCUUCGGCGCACUCAAGUGCUCGGCCUGCGGCUGCCACCGCAGCUUCCACCACAGGGUGCAGGUCUAUGAGGUUGCAUGGGACUGCGAGUCCGACACGUCGUCGUCGUCUUCAAGCAGCAGCUAGGCUGCUGCCGCUGCCAUUCCCCUCCAUCGUCAAGCUGCUGCUGCUGCAUCAUGUCUACUCUAGGACCCCUAUGAUUGUUAGCUGAUCCUGUAUUGAAAUACUUAUAAUAACUCAAAGUGAGCAUCUCUAGUCUACUCUCCGGUGUCUUGUUUGUUCCCUCCUCCUGAUUGUAAUCCCAUGCAAGCUCAUGUUAUCUAUCUAUCUACAUAUUGCUUC